AUGGCGGACGAGAAUGUCAGGGAGUGGGCGCCAGUAUGUGUCGCAUCAACAACACGAUACAAUCAGACAGGGCCACUCCCAUCCAAUACAUCACGAGAGUCUUUGGGCGCGUCUUCGCUGGCCCAAGGUCAGUCUGAGGCAGGCCUUGAUGAUAAAACUCGCGGUCGAAAUUCUGAUCUCGGUUAUUUCAAGAACGCCGAAUGGACUCCAGAUGGCACUACUCUGCUGACAGAUUCAGCGGAUCAUUCUAUUAGAACAUGGAUCUUACCACCAGAUCUACUGGAGGAUAAGCCUGUCCACCAGUUGUCCCCAUACUCAACUCUCCCCUCAGCUGAACCGACCUAUGCUACUGCAAUCUAUCCAUUCUACAAUCUUCAAGAUCCAUCCACUACUCUAUUCCUCUCAUCUGUUCGGGAUCAUCCAAUCCGACUAUCUUCGGCCCUGGCCCCAGCAUCAGUGGCUAGUUAUUCCUUGGUGAAUCCGAUGACAGAAGCAUUCAUAACUCCACACUCAAUGAUCUACCCAUCUACUCUUGGUGGCACCCAUUUCCUCACAGGAUCAGAUAGCCUGAUUUGUCUGUUCGACGUGUCUCGAACGGGAGCCCAGGGCCCCGUAUCCUCCAUGCCAACUAUACCCAGCAAGCGCAAGCAGAUCGUCGGCGGUGGUAUUGGCAUGAAGGGUAUAGUUUCAGCGUUGGCGUUGAACCCGAGUGGAGACGGAAUCCUUGCUGCGGGCACUUUCACCAGACAUAUUGGACUCUACAGCUCAAAUGGCUCCGGUGAACUCCUUGGGACUUUUAGCGUCGCAAAGACACCAGCGAACGCUGAUAUUGGAGGCCGAGGAGUCACACAACUUGCAUGGAGCCCCUGUGGUAGGUAUCUCUACAUUGCUGAGCGUAAGAGUGAUGGCAUCUUGGUUUAUGAUGUCCGUGUCACAGGUCAAAUGCUUGGGUACUUGCGCGGGCGCAAGGCUUUAACCAAUCAACGCAUGAAAAUUGAUGUUGUUUCAUCUGGCCCCGAUGGAUCUCAUGAGGUUUGGGCUGGUGGUACGGAUGGGUUUAUGAGGGUUUGGAAAAGCCCCGAACACUGUAUAGGGGGCAAGGAUCCCGAUUGGGAAUUCAAGGUUCAUGAUGGUCAGUUUUCACUCUCUUCCCGUCCAUCCUUAUUUUUGACCUUCAACGUGAUGUGGAUGGCAGUGCUGACAUGUAUCCAAGAUGCCGUAACGAGUUCGAUCUUCCACCCUAUGGGAAGUGUUGUUGCGACUUGCUCUGGACAACGACAUUUCGACCUAGAUCAGGAUUCCGACGAAGACAUCUCCGGAAAGGACGGCAGGCAGAUUGACAAUUCCCUCAAGGUCUGGUCAAUGCCAUUUCUGACUGAGAGGGAUGGAAAUCUUGAUCCACAACCUGCUAUCUAA